AUGAUUACAAAAGGAACAGUUUUACCAGUACUUAGUGUGCGUGUCCAUGCAUGGGGAACGGACUUUGUUACACCAACUAUCCGACGAUUCGAUUCAUAUUCAGAACUGGAAAAAUUUAUUCAUGAUUCAGCUGAUCCUAAAGUAUUACCUGGUGUUACUUUGUUUCUACAUUUCCCAUGGCUCGGUAACAUUGGUCAUACGCUCUUUGAUGCCCUAUAUCCUGCCUAUACUGCAAUAAUUCCUUUUCCACCUAGACAUCUUCAACCAUUUCGCCUGCUUUCUGCCAUAGACGAAUGUACACAUUGUCACUAUGAAGAUAUAUUGAAUCGAUUUUCUGGUCUUGGUAUUAUGAAGCACUACGUUCUAAAUAAUAUGUCGAAUGGAAACUGGUUUGUUUUCGAUGAAUUGGUUAUGGGCGGUGGGAUGAUGUGUCAACGAUGUACACAACCUAAUUUACAAUUACCUGGAGGAGUAGAAUUAGAUGGUUCUAAACUGUUUCGUGAUAGAAUGUAUGUUCAAUAUGGAGUUAUACCACCAGCUAGACGAUACAAGUAUUCUACAGAAGGUCGAAAUCGACAUGAUGUACUUGCAGCUUAUGUGAUUGAUAAUAGACGGUACAGUGAAAGUGAUAGGAGAGAAAUUGAUGCUGCGAUGGAAGAAAUAAACAACUACGCUAUUGCGCAUCAAAAUCAAAGCAUAGCUGAUAUCAACAAAUUAGAUUGGCCACUUGUAAAAGUCUCGUAUAUAGAUUAUACUAGUAUCGGAGCAGAUCAUAAGGAAAAGACAUCUCGAUUCAAGGCAACUCCAAUAGAUGCUAGAUCACCCACAUAUGAAUUAAUAGAUACCUUUUUUGCGGCCCAGCUCCGAUUUUUGCGCACUAUGGAUAUUCAAAUUACAGGACCUGGUACAGGUGCAAUGUAUCAAACAUUUUUACCAGAUGGAUCAGUAGUCAUCAAUGUUGGUGGCUUAAUACCAUUGGCAGCAGAAGAUCAAAAUAUAACAUAUACAGCAUUUAUGGAACAGUAUAUGGCAUCUGGCGCAACCUACCUCAAAGCUCUCUAUUAUCCAAUUAAUGAAAGACCAAAAGGAAUAAAAAGACAAGAACUAGUAAAACUCAUUCGACAAGCAGCUAAACUCAUCAUGAAUGGUUUUUCUAUGCCUGUAAAUCCAAGAGAUAACUUAGCACCAGAUGGACAACUAUUUGUUGAACUGUGUAAAAAAGAUAAAGCAUUGUGUGAACUCAUUACAGCAAGAGCAGCUGGUACUAGUUUUCUUUGCUAUCAUUCUUGGGUCGAAGAACUCAUCCACGAACGUGGACCAUGGAGAGAAGUAGUUGAUAGUGAUGGUAAAAGAAAAUCUCAUUGUCCAUUCAAUCGGACUUUAAUGCGUGAACUGAGAGACAAAUAUGGCAUUAUCCAUUAUGAAAAAAGUGUUAGUCAAUAA